AUUAACGGGCCGAAAUGCCGACAGAGGCUUGCCACUUGCUAUCAUGGCCAUUUCCCUUCCAGUUGAAGUUCUCACUGACAUCCUUACUUACGCACUGGCCAUUCAUCCCAUUCCCUCAAAUAUUCUGUGUACACAGUCACUUUUUAGAUAUAUCGGACUCCAAAUACUCCACCAAGAUCUCUGCUUUCGCUCUUCUCUCCAGCUGCAGCGAUUUACAAGCUGCCUCUGUACAUCAUCACUUGCUUGUGCUCCUCUAACUCUGACACUCGACAUCGCAGGAGGCGCGUCUGAAUCUGUGUUUCCUACUCUGGACUCUGUCUUUACGCAGAUAUCUCUCGAUCCUGCUUGUCGGAAGGACCCCCAAGGUCGUGUGAUGCUCAAUGGGUUGCAUUUGAUAUUACACUCGCACAUGCGCGAUGAGAACCUGCAUAUGGUUUAUGUAGCCCUGAGCAAGGCAAACCCUACGAAAUUCGUCUGGACGGGUCCUGAUCCGCCUCAUCAUUUCUCUACUGCUAUUGUCCCUAGAGCUGUAUCACAUCUCUUCAGAGCGUUAUCGACAUAUACCAACCUGCUCUACCUCAAACUCACAAACAUCACCUUUUUCUAUUCGGAACCUCUUGUGUUCCCCCACAUACCCUCUUUGCGGUCCUUUUACCUCGGCCAAGCUACUUUUCUUCCAGCAGCCACAGUAGCGGCUUAUCUUUCGCUUGGUUCAAGUGUACUUGAGAGUGUGCGCUUGGUAGAUGUUUAUUCCGAGAGCAUCUGGGGUCCGCGUCUUCGCAAGAACGAUAUACUAGCCAUUCUCAAUGAGGAUAAGAGGGACGUUGUGGCUGCAGUCCUUUUAGUUGAUGCUAAGACGGAGAGAAUCAUGGGCGGGGAUCGGGUUGAUUCUUCUCUUUAAUGCACUCUGACUGAACCCUCGCAUCAUUAACUUCGCUCCGAAGGUCACUCAGGUGUCGGCAGUCAAGAUCGCGAACUCCUCAUAUUCAUAUUGUUGCACCAGGCGAUAGAACAGUCGUCGACAAGGGUACGGACAGCGACUAGAAUACGUCUGCCUUGGUGAUAACAUUCCUAAUGGUCUACUCCUGUAAGCGACUAUUAUUCCGA